AUGGGCUCCCACGCCAGAGACGCCAGAGACGCCAAAGACGCCAAAGAUGCCAAAGAGCUAGUCGUGCUCGUCACCGGAUUCGGCCCCUUUCGAGAGCAAUACCCCGUCAACCCGUCGUGGGAAAUCGCCAGAGGCCUCCCGCCGUUCCUGCCGCCGCUCCGGCCCGACCUGCCGCCCGUCCGCAUCCUCGUCCACCCGGAGCCGAUCCGCGUCAGCUACAAGGUCGUGCGCGGCCUCGUGCCCCAGCUCUGGGGCGCGUACCGCGGACGCGAGGUCGACGCCGCCAUCCACAUUGGCAUGGCCGGCCCGCGGCCGUUCUACCAGCUGGAGCGGCGGGCCCACCGCACGGGGUACAAGACGGCCGACGUGGAUGGCGAGUGUCUCGACGACGGCGCGGACGGGCGGCCCGACGACGAGGGCUGGAUCUGGUACGGCCAGCCGGACGAGAUUUUCUCCGAGCUGGACAUUGAUGACGUGCAUAAGCGGUGGCAGGCGCACAGCUCGAAGGACAUGGACCUGCGCAUCUCGGAGGACCCUGGCCGCUAUCUGUGCGACUUCAUCUACUACUGCAGCCUGUCGCACCUCUCCCAGGCGGGCCGGCCCAGGAAGGUGUGCUUCUUGCACGUGCCGUCGGAUGCGUCGGAAGCGGCCGUCGCCCACGGCCGCGAGCUGACGAUGAACCUGGUACGAUCGAUUGCCGAGAGCGAGACGGCGCGAGGGCACGAUGGGCACGGGCGCGGGCAGGGGCAGGGGCAGGGGCAGGGGCACGGAAGCGGAGGCGGAAGCGGAGGCGGAAGCGGAGGCGGAGGCGGAAGCGGACAUGGCUGA